ACGACAACGACAACAACGACAAGACCAAAGACUGUGUAUGCUACCGGUAGUGACACUGGCGCAACAGUGGGGGAUGCAGUAUUGCCAACCAGCCUCCCAAUGAGACAACGAGUACAUUUAGUGACCAGUCAUUGUACGUAUCCCUAGCGGAUAUAUGGGCGUCUACAAGUGCCGAGAAGCCGUUCAAGGCCCGAAGCAAUCUGUAAGAAGUAAUGAUCAGACGACGCGGUUGUGGAAGGUAAAGGGAUGUUCGCUGCGCUGUUGCCGCUACCGCUACUGGGGUUUGAUGUUAGAUGCUGAAGAGAUGGGGAAAGGGCCAACGGAGCAGAGAAGGCGGGGUGUGGUGUCGAAUCCACGCCUCCACGCCUCCACGCCUCCACGAGUUUCCUGGAGCGGCUCCGGAUUUGCAACCAGCGGGAAUUAACCAGCAUAGGGUCUAUCUAUUCACCACCUUCCGCAGACUCACCGCAAGUUCUUGCACAUCGGUCGACUGUCGCUAGGGCGGCGCUAUGCCGUCCUAAAGUGCUUUGCUGGGCAAGCCUUGAGUAUGAUUGUGCGAGACCUGCUUCACGCACCAAGUUCCCGUCGCAGGGACUCGGUUCAGCUGCCGUGCUCCACUGUUUUUGUGGAGGGACAAAGUGGAAGUGCUGAUCGGUUAGGGGAAGUGGGCCCUCUGGUCUUUGGCAAUGUCGCUGUCGGCACAGUACAGCCGAGUACGUCGCGGAUAUGGCGUUUCACCGAUUGUGAGGAUAGAGGGAUGUGGAUCGGUACUUGGAGUAUCAAAUACUGUGAUGAGUGUGAGCUCUGAGGCGAAGAGAUAGAUGGGUGGGGUUGUUGGUCAUGGGAGAAGGAAGGAGCAGCUUGCAUUGAAUAGGCAGGAGCAGGCCCGAACAACAUGCGUUGCGAUUUGCAUCGCUGCCCCG